AGGAGCACCAUGGAUCUGCUGGAGUGUCCGAUCUGCCUCUUCCUGAUGUGUGAGCCGGCGACCAUGUCGUGCGGCCACUCGUUUUGCCGUAGGUGCGUGGGGGGCUACCUUCCGUCCAAAUGCCCAUCGUGCAAGGAGAGGUUAAAGCAAAGAGAUGUGAGAAGCAUUAAGAACAACGUGCUGCUCAUCAGUGUCGUUGAAAAGUGCUACCCCGACGAGACAAAGAUGAAGUGCCAUAUCCAGGAGAAGCUCAAAGCCAACGAGUUCACGGAAGCUUUACGCAUCGCAAAUGAGGGGCUAGAUAUAGCCCCAGAUGAUAUGAGUAUGAAGGUGUACAGAACAGAAGCUAAUGUGGGCCUGAUGCGAUUCGCUGAUGCCCUGACAGACCUGGACUACCUCUGUUGCCUUCGCCCUAACUGGACUGAGGGCUUCUUUCGUAAAGGGAAUGUACUGCUGGGAAUGGGCCGGCAGACAGAAGCUCUCCUCCAGUUCCACCGUUGCCUAAAACUCCAGGCCGACUUUGUCCCUGCCAAGAGCCAGAUCAAAAAGAUUCUGGAGGCAGAGGGCAUGGCAGUGCCAGAAGAAGUUCCCUGUAUCCUGCAGGUGGUGUCUGAGUACUUGAAAGAGCCCUGCCCCAUCACCAGCCUCAGUGGUUCCCAGGGGCCAACACACCCUGAGAGCCUCAAACAUCCUCUGGGUGACGAGGGAGAGAGUGAUGGCAGGAGAGAGGUGCACCAGGCCUCCAGGGUGAAACAUGGCACCAGCACUGAGUGCUGCCUCAGCCUCUGCCAAGCUGUUUCCUUCCUCCCCACUGCUGAGGAAGACGAGGAGAUGAUGAUGAGGAAGGAAGAUGGCCAUGGCAGGGGUGAAUGCAGUCAGGCCAGAGAGAAAACUCUGGGUGUUCUCACUGUGUCAGACUUCGAGUGCCCCCUCUGCAUCAGAUUGUUUUAUGAGCCAGUCACUACUCCCUGCGGCCACACUUUCUGUAAGAACUGCAUCGAGAGGAGCCUGGACCACAAUCUCCGCUGUCCGCUCUGCAAACAGCCUCUACAAGAGUACUUCAAAAACAGAAAGUACAACACCACAGUGCUGCUACAGGACAUCAUGACUCGCCUUUUUCCCUCACAGCUGGCCGAGAGGAAAGAGGUCCACGAGGCCGAGAUGGCUGAGCUCUCCAAUCUUACUAAGGACAUCCCUAUCUUCGUUUGCACGGUGGCCUACCCUGGAGUACCCUGCCCGCUGCACAUCUUUGAGCCGCGAUACCGGCUGAUGAUGCGCCGCUGCAUGGAGACCGGCACCAAGAAGUUUGGCAUGUGCAGCUACGAGCACGGGAAAGGGUUUGCAGACUAUGGCUGUAUGUUGGAGAUCCUGGGUCUGGAGCUGCUGCCUGACGGGAGGUCCUAUGUGGACACAGUGGGGGGCAGCAGAUUCAGGGUGCUGAAGAGAAGUCAGAGAGACGGCUACCACACUGCUGACAUAGAGUACCUUGAGGACCUUAAGGUUGAUGGUUCUGAAUUGGAGCUUUUGCAGCGUCUCCAUGACAGCGUGUACCAGCAGGCCCAGGACUGGUACCAGCGCCUCGGAAGCCGCAUCCAGGAGCAGAUCAACAGGCAGUACGGUGCCAUGCCCGACAAAGAGGAAAACAUCCAGGCCUCGUGCAAUGGUCCUGCCUGGUGCUGGUGGCUGCUGUCUGUCCUGCAGCUGGACCCGGCUUACCAGACCACCGUGCUGUCCCUGACGUCACUCAAAGACCGCCUGGGACACCUGCGCCUUGUGCUGGAGUACUUCUCCCAGAGCUAGACCCUGCAGCACUGUGGUAUUGUGGCCACUAAAUACAAGUUUGGAUCUGACUACUUGAGAGUCAUGAAAAUUUACAUAUAUGAUGGACUAACUGAUGGAUGCGCGCACACCGGGGUUUUGGGUUAUGAAGCAUCAUGGACGGACUGUCUCUGCGUCACAGUUUGAGGCCAGUUCAUGCGGGCGAUAGCAAAAAGAGAGUGAUUUUCUUAGAAAACGCACCAUAUUUGUAUAGAGCUGUGUUCAAAAGGAGGCUUUUUACUUUGUGUGUUUGCGUAUGUCAUGUCUGCAUAUUACACCAUUUUCUUUCCCUAGAUAUUAAGUUUUCAGAAUUGUCCUUUAAUGAAUAGUGAAUGCACCCACGAAUAUGAUGAGUGUACUCGCAUUCAGCUGUAGGAACUAGAAGAGUAGACCAAAGAUGCUUCCGUUUUAAGUCCAGUAAAAAAUGAAAAUACAAGUCAAACCCUUUUGGAGACCAUUGUGAAGGAUGACCACUAGAUGUCACUGUUAUUUCACCUACCGUCACAUGCAUGUUGACCGUCCAACAACAUUUGCCAAGCAACUGUAGUUAAUCUCUUGGCCAAGUCAGACUUUGUCUCCAUAUCAGUAUCACUGGGUGUCUACAAGUAAAAUUAUGGAGUGAGAAGGAACAUUAAAAAACACUCAAAGCUGUAGAGUAAUUCUCAGGUCUUUUCACAUUAGAGUACUUAGGCUUAUUUGUUGCACAAAGGUAAUUGUUUUAGAUAUUGCAAAUGAUUGUUCCAUGCUGAAGGACACUACUUCAGUUGCUUACAGCUGAAAUUGCAUCAAUCGGUCUUGGCUACAGAAAAUGGCUCAUUUUAUACUUUGAAUUAUCACUAAGGAGUAAUUGCUGUUUCCUCCAUCCUUCAGUGAAAAUAAUCUUAUUUUAAUUACUAUUUGAAUAAUAUUGCAAUAAUAUUUUAUGCUGACUCAUUAAGUGGCCCCACAUGGGUGAAAAUUUUAUUUAUGAAUGAAAGCUGCUAACCUGGCUCCUGUCUCUCUGGCUAUCGCACAGUGGAAAGCUCUUCAGUGAAAGGGAGACAAAGAGAGGCGUAACAGCUUUGUUGUUUUACAGUGUGAACACAUAUGAUUAUAUACAAUACAUGUACAUGGGUUUAUGUAUGUAUCUGUAGAUGGUCAGGUAUGGACACAGCACAAAUUUGUCUGUCUGACGGCUGCAGUGACCUUUACCCAGAGCCAUCUUUACUCGCUGAUAUUUUUUUUUUUUACAAACUGACAUGGUGUUGUGUCAGUCCUAAUAACAGCUACUGUCAUGUCCACUCCUUAUAUGUGCAGAGGUUAUAAUUGCAGCCCCAGUCCCGAUACAGUGUCUAACAUCUCUCGUCCAGGGACAGCUAUGACUUAUUUAAGAUCUGCCCACAAGGCUUCCCCUUCGCCCCGGGGCGUUUUUGUGACUAAGGGUCUGACCAGGGCAGAGUCCCCCCUGUGGUGCCUCUGUCUAGGCCACAACACCUACCUCUGCACCCCACUGUGUCUCCCUGUCUGUUUGGCCCCUCUGCCACCACUCAUGGUGCCUACGAGUGCCUGGGCCAGCUCACCGAGGAGACCAGCAAGUCUUAGCUUAGAUUUUGUACAUGACGCAGAGGAUGGACUAUGUCAUUUUGCGAUUAAGCUCUUUGUGGUAUUUACUUUUUUUUUUGUUUGUUUGUUUGAACUCGGUGUAGUGCUACAUUCCAUGGAAUGUUGGAGCUGUAAUUGUAUGUAUAAUUGAUUUGCUAACAAACAUGGGCGAAACUGGGUGAAAAAAAACUUUUUUUUUAAAACAUUGAUAACUGUGCCAUAGAUGCUUCUACAUUAUGUGUUUUUAAAAAUGUAGUAAACUGAAUAGCUGAAUAGUCACUAUGUUUGUCUACAUCAUGGAUAUUGAGGUUGGUCUUCAACCCUCAUGCCUUUUGUAUGGUGGACAGUGAGGCACUAGCAUCUUUUCAUGGCUAACACAUAGCUUUUAGUAGACAGUCCAACGUAGGUCAGUUAGCACACUGAUACACACUUUGUAUAAUGUACAAAUCAGUACAGUAGCCUUGCUAGUGUUAUAUUGUAGAUAAAGUGUAGAUAGAUUAUCUAAGCAUGAGGGGCCAUUAUGAGGCUGUUGCUGCGCACAAAAAUGUCCAAGCGAUGGACAUACCAGCGGAUGAAUGGCUGGACAGAUGGAUGCUGGGACAAAUUUCUUUGUUUGUUUGUUUUGUUUCAUGGACAUGCUAACCUCUGAACUUUGACCUGGGAACUAAUGCUUUACCAGAAGUCAAUAAUCACUGUUUUUACACGGGUUGCUUUAACUAUCCAUUAUUUCAUUGACCUCAUUUGAAAUUCUGAACUCUUAUAAAAUAAUCUUGGAAUUAGGUACACUUGAAAGUAUUUUGGUCCUCAACUGAAUUGCAUCGACUGCGUCUCUCUAAACCCAGCGGUGUUCAUUUGUUUGAAGGAUGAACAAAGAGAUGAUGCACAGUUUCAACUAUAGAUCACGAAAGCCAGUUUCCUGCGACCUAAAAUUUCUCGAGCUCAUCUGAGUCAAAAAGGGAUUGGCACUCGCAUACAGUAUAUGAGUAACUACCAGCUCACUACAGCUGAGUGGAGGUUGAUUUGGGAGCCUCAAUCAGGAAGCAAGGCCUUUGUGUUCAACAUUUGUGACAGUAACUGACCACAUGUGAUGCUCACUGAGGUGACUGAGAGCCCCUUUCCCACCUCGUGGAAAACGUCUCUGUUUUGCACAGUGUAUUCAUUUUGCUUAUACUAUUUUUCUAAUGCUCUGCAGUAGUUCCCCAGGUAUCUCCUCACUUUUUUUUUUUCCCAAAACACAUAUUUUUGUCUUUCAUGUUUAUUGUUAAAUGAUGCACUCUUCAUAUUGAGUAAAAUAUUUAUGCCAAUCUUGGGUUGGAGUCAGGUGAUUGAAAAAUGCUUUUUCAAUGAUACAAGGGAUCUGGGUAAAUCAAGGCAUUUCUGGAAUGUCAUGUAAACCUUCAUUGUGAUAUGCAGAAAACAAAACAAAUUUGGAAUUAUUUAAACUUGCUUGAUAUCCUUUACAAACCCGAAUGCCUUGUUUUGUUAAAAAUUGCCCAUUAUCAAAAACCUGCAGUAAAUGCAUCAGUCCCACAGUGUUUUUCCCUGUCUCAAACAGAACUUAACCUCUAAGCCAUUAUUUGAUCAUUUAUUAAUUGAAGAGUUAAACCAAAAAACAAAAUUGGAAACAUUUUUUUUCCAAAUGUAUUUUCUAAAAUACAUUUGGAAACUAAAUCAUUACCAUAUUUUGCUGUUCAAGAUCUUCAAAAUAUUUUGGAUCCAAUCUGUGAAACUGUGCGCAUUUUGUCAACCAAGGAUUUAAGUUGCAUGAUAUCUUCUCGCAGGCUUUGUGCUAUUGACGCAUUGCAGGAGCAGGCUUUUUUUUUUUUUUUUUCAAAGAGUGAAUAUCUCAUUUUGGAACAAUGCUCUUCAGUUGUACCUUUAUGAAUUGUACAUGAACAUUAGCUAUAGGUACAGAAUAACUGAUGAGGUAUACCUAUCAGAAAAUAGCCUCCAACACUGUCAAAACAAAUUGCACUGAUAUCCAUUGUCUCGAGCACAGAGCAGGGGGUAUAAUAGGAGACCUGUUCUUGGCAGGACUUUUUCCAUAAAAACUAUGCCAAGUCUUACAACACUGCACUGAGAAAGGCUGUAAAAAGCACCAAGAUGAGGUGUUCCUGCAGAAUAUGACAGCUGAUGUGGUCUAAUGGUCAGAGUGCUGUCUGAAUUUGCAGAAAAAGGCUUUUGAUCCCAUUGGUGUUAGAAUAUGGUGUUGAAAUUGGAGACAUGCAGUGUUCCUCUGUGCACAUUGUGUCGAAUCACCAAGAUGUUCAGUAACAACUAAAUUCGAAUCUGUUGAAACGAAAGCAAUUUGUAUUUGAUUCAUUUGUGUUAAUCCCCUGCCGCCGACAAAAGCCAAGUGCGGUAAAUGUCAGUACAAUUAUUGUUUGUUUCCAAUACCCCUGUAAAAUGUUUUAAAUAUUAUUAUUGUUAAUAAAGUUAAUCAAAGGAGA